AUGUCGCAAUCAAGUUCUCGUCGACAGUCAGACUUUAAUAUUCAUGAAGAUUCCAAUUAUCUGGAUGAUAUGGUCGAAGAAAAAGAUAUCCAGGAAGUAGACGGGGAGAAUGCGACAAGUGAGGGGAAAGAUAUUGGUGAUGUAGUGUCUCAAUUGGAGGAUCCACCAGGAAAUACAAAAGAGAAUUUGGAAAUGGAGGAAUCUGAGGUUGAAGGAUAUUCAAUAUUGGAUCAAGAGUUCCCGGAGUUACAAGAGGACGAUUCGAUACUCGCGAGGCCAGAAACAAAACACAACGAACACGAUGACUGCGAAAACUGCAAACACGCAAGGGAGGAGAAGCGCACACGAGCAGAGGCAAGAGAAUUACAGAUGCGACGAAUCGAUGCGGAAAUCAAGGAUGCAGCACGAAAGGUUGUGGAGAGCUUUGAAAAGAAGGAUACCGAAAGGAGUACGGCUACGAACGAGUACGAGGAUUUAAUCCUUAGCACACAAGCGGCGGAAAGUAAUGAACCAGAGGAUCAUGAUGAUUCUCUUUCGAGCACAGGAAUCGAUGAGAGCUACGAAAGAAAUUCAUACAAUGGGCAAGAUGGAACGGAUUUGACAUACGAUAUCACAAACGCUACGCUGGAAGACGAAGAACAAACGGAGGACGAGGACAGUAUUCUUCACCACGAUCUUUCUAGUACCGAUGCCGAAACAGAACGGGGAGACUAUGAUAUGGAAAGGAGAGAUAGCAGCUCACGUUAUGGAGAUGUCGAAGACGAUGUUUUCACUGAUGGUUCCGACAAGAGUCCUCGAUUAUCAAUAGGUACCGCAGAGGAAGAAUCCAGCAAAGUGAACAUAAGUAAUCGAAACUCAUGGCAAUCAAGUCAACAUCUCGAUUUAAGUGAAGAAGCUCACCAAUUAGUGAAACUUAAUUCACCUGUUGUUGGUGAAGAAGCUGCUACAGAAUCUAUCAUCUCAAGAAUUCCUAGCGGUACUUCUCAUUCUCGUACGUCUGCACCAAGAGCAAGGGAUUCAUCAUGCAGUCCUAGAAAAGUAUCACGUCAUCCAUUUCGCACACCGUCAGAUAUAAGGGCGAUGCAAAUGUAUUCACCAGCUCCUUCGCUGUUUUCCACACCUUAUUCAGUAAAACGACAACAAAAUCCUACUGUUUCUCGUCUCGGUACUCCAAAUGGCUCUCAAUACUCUAAAAGUCGGACGCCCACUCGUUUCAAGAAAACUAGAGAAGAAUCAUCUCUUGUACUUCUUCACGUUACCGUUCUUCCAUUGCAAUGGCAAUACGCCAAAGCUAUUUUGGCUCCAGAACUUCCUGCAAAUCUUUACAGUAUUCGUGAGGCAUAUUAUCUUUUACAAGAAAAGCUUAGCGAAACCAUUCUUACUCGUGGAAUAUUGCUACCUCAUCCACAAGAUAGUUAUGAAUGUCUUCAAGAGCGUUUUCUUGAUGCUUUAGAACUUCCAGUCCGACCCCGGGCUAAAAUCCUCCGAUGUGGGCAUUAUAUGGGUCCUAACACCACAUCUUCGGACGAUGACUCAGACGAGAGAGAUAGUGGAUUUGGUAGCACUGGAAGAUUUAGACCCAGACCGGAGAAAGUCUGGUGCGAUAUUUGCCGUCGAGACGUCAGGUACGAAGAUGAUGACCUAGACGAAGAUGAUAAAAGAUUUAACGUCAAGAUCUUCGCAAGCAACGGCUUAAUGAGAGCUGGGGCCUGGGCAGCUGCAUGGCGAGAGAUGGAAAGGGUAGACAUCGAAAUUGAACCAUUUGUUCAACCAUGGAUGGUUGAAGAUAUGGAGGAUUUAAUCGAGAGACUACGAGAAGCGGAAGAGAGAGAUGAGGAUGAUUAUGGACAUUAUUCAGAUGAUUCGAGUAGGGAAAGUUUAGGGUCGGAAGCUCAGAGGUUACAUGAACAGGGGAUGGACAAGGUUACAUUGAGACAGAAGAGAGGGGGCUUGGAAGGGAGAAUUCAAAGAAACGAAUGGUUGGCUGUUGCGUCUAAGGCUGCGGUAGAAGAAGCGGAGAACUGCGCGAGGGAGGCUGAAGCCCUAAGGCUGAGAGAAGAAGAGUUGGCGAAGGCUAAAGAGAAAGAAGCUAGACGGGUUGAAGAAGAAGCCAAAAUCUUGCGACUCCGAAAAGAAUCAGAAGCAGCCCAAAAAGCGGAGGAGGAAGCUAGAAAACUUCGCGUUGAAGCGGAAACCUUGAGCCUCCAAGAAGAAGAAGCCGAGAAAAUACGUAUUGAAGCUGAAGCUGAAGUUACACGGCUUGUGGAAGAAGUCAAUAGAGCCCAAGAGUCAUCCGACCUUGCUCCUGGGUCAUCACAACAUAAUGACGAUGGCCAAGCCGCCAAAGAUCUGGAAGCAGAAGCCCUAAGAAUCUAUGAAGAAGAAAUGGCAUUAGAAGAAGAAGCACAACGUAUUUUCGACGCAGAGCUUGCAGAUCAAAGAAUUCUUGAGGAACAAGCCAGGGAGAUUAUGGAGGAAGAAGAAAGUUUGAGGAAAGUUAAGGAGGAAGAAAAGUUGCCACAGAAAAUCGUGAAUCAGGAAAAGGAAGCAGAAAAAACGAGAUUACGGGACAUUACUGAAGAAGCUUCAUCCCGAAGUGAAACGGCACAAUUUUCUUCUACUUAUGCUCCAACUUCGAAGCCGAAGACUCCUACGAGGGCGGUAGAAGGAGACGAAACACUCACCGAACUGCUAGUCAAAGCAGCUCGUGUAGCGAUGCGUGAUAGGAAAAAUAUACUCAUCUUAGUUCUUAGCGUGGUAGUGCUAAUCCUCACGCUAAAGCCAACUUCAACUCAUGGACUUGAAGGGACAAAAUCUGUUCCGGAUAUCAUUUUCCAGAACCAUAGGUAUGAAGUUGGUCAGAUUGUCGAUCAGAAAGCUUAUGCUGCUUCUGAGAGAGCUUUACCCAUGAGGGAGAUUGAAAGUUCAAUUAAGUGGAAAGGUCAGGGAAGGGAUGUGGUCAUCACGAGCUCAGCGCCAGCUGUGGUGCAUGGUGAGACUCUUGAGGUAACAAAUAAAGGAGGAAGAUUAGAGAUUGAUGCUCCUAUUCCGAAGGAGAUUGAGAAGCCUCUUCAAAUCAGUGCUUCUGGAACAGAGAAUCUCCAGACGGCGAAAGAGAAGAAUCCAGUCUUGGAGAUUGGAAUGGAGGUUAAGGAAACUGUGUCAAAAUAUACUCCAACCUUCGAUUUCGUCUCAGAUGCAAGUUUUGAAACAGCAGAUUUACCAGCACCCGAUACAGAACCUCAAGGGGAAAAUUCAAAUAUCGACAGUAAUACCGAAUCAUGA